UUUACAUAUUUGGAUUUAAAUUAUAAUUAGAAUCCAUAGUUGUAAAGAUUGUAAAGUGAUGUAUUUUAACAAUUAAUUUAUUUGUUCUAUAUUAGAGGAAAACAGUCUCAUAUGAAUACUUAUAGUCAUUUGUGAUAAGGAACAUUGUUCAAGUAUCACAUAAGGUGAUGUGACAUUUUGAUUUACACUUAUAUGUGAUUCUGACCGGACGGAUUAUAAGUGAUGUGAUUAAUUUCGCAAUUAUAGAGACUGUCUAAUUGUGUGAACAAUGUAAUAGCUGAUUGGAUUAUUAAAUUGAAUUCAAAUUCAAAAUGAUUAUCCUUAAUGCUAUUGAUGGAUCUUUACAGUUGAUCCGUUUUUCUGCCGUUCAACACUCAGGUUUAAUGAGCUUUGAUUUCCAUGCGUUGCAAAACAAUCCACUCGUUUCCUUCUUUAUUAUUAGCUUCAAUAGCAUAAUUGAGGAGUGGGACUCCAUGUUUUAAAAGAUAUAAAUCCUUUACGUAAAAGGAAAAAAGAUAUAUGAGACCCACUCCUUGUUUUAUUUUCCUCACUCCACGAACAUACGAAGUAUACGUACUCUUUGGCAUUUCGGCUCUCAGCAUAAGAAUUAUCAUUAUUUGAUAUCUUCUUUGAGAGCAAAAGGUUCCAUAGCCUCUUUUGAGUUUUCCUAUUCUACGGCAAAUCGGGCAACGGUCGAAGGUUUCAGUCAAGGUAGCUACGAGUCUGAAACGUGGUAGGAUUAUCCUGGGAGCGAGCUAGCCAGACCCGUCCGAAUAGCUAGCGGGAUACGGGGGCUAUCUUUCUUCAAGGCCAGUCCGUUUUAACGGACGAUCCUGCGAUAAGUUUUCUUUUACUUUCUGUUAUUUCAUUUUAAUUUAUUCUAAUUAUUAUUGUUUUUCAUUCCUUGCAUUUGGUGGUUUGUCUGGUGAUUUGAUUUAAACUCGGGAUUUUUAUCUGGUUAAACUCGCUUUUUAAUAUCAAUUUGUCUAACAUUGAGUGCAUCAAUUUAUCCCCCAUCCUGUUAAGCUUUGCUAACUUUAUUUUUGCAACUGUCUCCAACAAGUUGUCAUUUCCUUUAAAAGUAUUAAGUGUGUGGGUAAACUAUAUGAUCUGCACAAAUCUUAAUUGCAUAAUUUUUACUUUAUAUUUCACAUGCAAGCCAAUUUCAGCCACAUUUUAUGGGAGGUACUAGUUAAUACUCUAUAUCAUUUUCCUUUAUCUAAUAUUUGUAUCUAAAUUCAUCACUCAUGAAUAUAAUGUAAUACUUUAUUUUAUAUUCUAAAAUUAGAACAUUUCAUUUUUAAGUGUAUUAUGUUAUGUCUUUUAACUAAUUAUGUAUGUGGGUAUUUCUAAUAUUUUUGUAAAAAAAUUAUUUAUAUUUAAUGUUUUUAUAAUCACUUUUCUAAUUUUAAUUUAUACUCGUAACUUACAACUGUUAAUUCGAUUUGCAUUUAAUCAUCGGUUAUUAUUAACUAUUGAGAUAUUAAACAAUGCUUAAUUAAUAGUGACAAUAAGUUUUCACUUCUUUCACUUCUACAUAAAUUUCUAUUUGAAUCUCCACUAUAUUCUGUUAUAAAGAUUCUUCUUUAUCGUAAUCUUAAUACAUAUUUUACCUAGAUGAUAAGACACCACAUACUACGUACUCCCUCCGUCCCCCUAAGUUUAGGACGGAGGGGUGUGGUGUGGUUUUUAAGAAAAAAUGGAAUUGUGUGGUUGGUAUUGAAUUGAUAAAAUGUAAAUAAAGUAAGAAUGAAUUCUAACCACUCAAAUGUUACCAAAUAUGGUAUGGGACAAACUUAGUGGGACGGACGAAAAAGGUAAAACGGGACAAACUUAAGAGGACGGAGGGAGUAUAAUUUUGGAUAAUGUAGGCUUCCUGUUGAAAUAAUUGGACAUUAUGAGGGGCUAAGUGAAGGAAUAAAAUAAAAUCUCUUUAGAAAAGUAGAAUACUAACCUCCGAGAAACUACUAACCGUUUUUUCAGUUGCAUCACCACCAAAGAAAACAAAAUACAUUUCUACGCUUAUUUCAGUUCCCUGUUAAAACUUCAAUUUUCAUUAGCUCCCAACAAUGGCGACAAUGGAGAACUUGAUCGGGCUGGUAAAUAGAAUCCAACGAGCCUGCACUGUCUUGGGAGAUCACGGCGGCGAAGGAUCCCUCUGGGAAGCCCUUCCUUCGGUGGCCGUCGUCGGAGGGCAGAGCUCUGGCAAAUCAUCAGUCCUGGAAAGCGUUGUGGGGAGAGAUUUUCUACCUCGUGGAUCGGGCAUUGUUACAAGGAGACCAUUGGUGCUGCAACUCCAUAAGACUGAGGGUGGGGCAGAAUAUGCGGAGUUUCUUCAUGCUCCUAAAAAGAGACUUACAGAUUUUGCUGCUGUGCGACAAGAGAUUUCAGAUGAGACAGAUCGCAUUACUGGGAAAACCAAGCAAAUAUCAAAUGUCCCAAUUCACCUGAGCAUCUAUUCUCCUAAUGUUGUAAAUCUAACUCUUGUAGAUCUUCCUGGGCUGACAAAGGUUGCUGUAGAGGGGCAACCAGAGAGUAUUGUAGAAGAUAUUGAAAUGAUGGUGCGCUCUUAUGUGGCAAAGCCCAAUUGCAUCAUUUUGGCUAUUUCUCCAGCCAACCAAGACAUUGCAACUUCUGAUGCUAUAAAACUUGCAAGAGAAGUUGAUCCUUCAGGAGAAAGGACAUUUGGAGUGUUAACUAAACUAGAUCUGAUGGAUCAAGGAACAAAUGCCUUGGAUGUGCUUGAAGGUAGGUCAUACAGGCUCCAACAUCCGUGGGUUGGAAUUGUGAAUCGUUCACAGGCUGACAUUAAUAAGAAUGUUGACAUGAUGUAUGCCCGUCGUAAGGAACAAGAGUAUUUUGAGUCCAGCCCUGAAUAUGGACAUCUAGCUCAUAAAAUGGGUUCUGAGUAUCUGGCAAAACUUCUCUCACAGCAUUUGGAGGUUGUCAUUAGGCAGCGCAUACCGGGUAUCAUUGCACUAAUAAAUAAGACCAUAGAUGAGCUUAAUGCGGAGUUGGAUCGUAUUGGACGGCCUGUUGGUGUAGAUGGAGGGGCACAGCUGUAUACAAUAUUGCAAAUGUGCCGUGCAUUUGAUCGCAUAUUUCGAGAACAUCUUGAUGGAGGGAGGCCAGGUGGUGAUAGGAUAUAUGCUGUCUUUGAUCAUCAGCUCCCCUCUGCCAUGAAAAAGCUUCCUCUGGAUCGCCACCUUUCGUUGAAUAAUGUCAAGAAAGUCAUUUCUGAGGCAGACGGUUAUCAGCCUCACCUGAUUGCACCUGAACAAGGAUACAGGAGAUUGAUUGAUGGAUCCCUUGGAUACUUCAAGGGUCCUGCUGAAGCUUCUGUUGAUGCGGUGCACAUCAUAUUGAAAGAAUUGGUGAGGAAGUCCAUUGCCCAGACAGAGGAAUUGAAGCGAUUCCCAACACUUCAAUCUGAUAUAGCUGCUGCUGCAAAUGAUGCACUUGAGAGAUUUCGUGAUGAAAGUCGCAAGACGGUUACGAGACUGGUGGAAAUGGAAUCUUCAUACCUGACUGUGGAGUUUUUCAGGAAGCUUCAGACAGAGCCAGAGAAAAAUGCAAACACAAACCAAAAUAGUUCAAAUACAGACCGCUACACUGAUCAUCAUCUCAGAAGAAUUGGAUCAAAUGUCACUGCAUAUGUUGGCAUGGUAUGCGACACAUUAAAGGUUACUAUUCCCAAGGCAGUUGUUUAUUGCCAAGUUCGAGAGGCUAAGAGAGCACUGUUAAACAGGUUCUACUCUGAAGUUGGAAGGAGAGAGAAGGAGCAAUUGGGGAAAAUGCUGGAUGAAGAUCCUUCACUAAUGGCAAAGAGGGAGGCCAUAGCCAAGAGGCUGGAGCUGUACAAGUCUGCUAGAGAUGAGAUUGACUCUGUUGCCUGGAAAUGAAAAACUGGCCAAAUUCUUCCAAUCUUCUCCCUUACAUCUGUCUAGUUAAUUGAUUAGUUCACACAUAUAUAGCAUUCUCAUUAUUUGAUUUAUAGUUCGAGUAUGCUAAAUCAUACUUCUUAUUCUUUUUCCACACAAAAAUAAUAAUAGAUCGAAAUGCCCCUGAUGUAAACAUGUUAACAUGUAUUCUUAUUGCCA